GGUGUUUUACGAUUUAUUAAACCUUAAAGCAUAAACUACACCCAAAUUUCCUUACUGUGUUGGAAAGGAAGGGAAUGGUGGCUUGGGAAUUGUAAUGGCUCUCCUAGGAUCAAACAUAACAGGCGAGGUUGGACUCCGUUUGCUUCUUUGUCCACUUGGUUCCAACGUCGUAAUUCGGACAGCAUGCUGUUCUGUCGGAAUUGCUUUGCCUGUGUACUCUACAUUCAAGGCAAUAGAAAAUAGAGAUCAAGAUGCUCAGAAUAGGUGUCUUCUUUAUUGGGCAGCCUAUGGCUCAUUCAGCAUCAUCGAAGUAUUCACAGACAAGCUUAUUUCUUGGUUUCCUAUGUACUAUCACCUGAAGUUCGCAUUUCUUGUUUGGCUUCAACUUCCAUAUACCAGUGGAGCAAAGCAGUUAUAUGUGAACCACCUGCGCCCCUUCUUGUUGAGGCAUCAAGCGAGAAUUGAUCAAGUUUUAGGCCAUGCAUAUUCUGAAGUGAUCAAACUUGUCAGUUCACAUCAAACAGAGAUACAGUUUGUCAGGAGCAUGGUAGUAAAGAUAACUCGGUCAGCGAAUCAAAUGUUGAGAGGCCCUACUGAUUCAAAUAGAUCGCUGCAACAUAAUCCAGCUGAUAAUGAACUCCCGGUGUCCUCUGAUGCUGAGCCGGACCAGAACAAUAACAGUUCGGUGCGCUGAGACUCAUGAACUGAUGAGUGCUGUCACAAAGAGUGCCCAUUAGUCUGCUUGGAAUAAGAGUGUCUAAACUUUCUGCCAACCUGUGCAUCAAUCACGACGUUGCUUUCUUCUAUUAGUUUUUUCAAACGUUUUUUAAAUUUUUUUCAUUGAAAAAACCGGAAGCUUUCUCUUGAUAGGAUGUGGUAGAUAAAUUUUCUAAGAUUUGCUGCUUUUUUAAAGAUCUGAAGCUGUAAAUAUUUUUGUUGAUAAACACGUUUUAUAGUGGUAUAUCACACUUACAA